AUGGAGGAGCCCCUGCCAGGCCAGCGGGUGGACGAGGACGAGGCCAAGGACGAGGACAAGGCCACAGGGGGGGACGCCCGGGACGUCCCACCCCAUGAGGAGCACAUCGCCCGCCUGCUGGCCACCGUGGCCCGGCUGCAGCACCGCGCCGAGCAGCUGCAGCGCCGCCCCAGCAGGGAGGAUGAGGAGGGCUCGGGGGGCACCGGCAGCCUCCCCGCCGAGACGCAGCAGCCUCGGGAGCUCGACGGCGCGCGCUGUGCUGGCGCUGGUCUGGAAGCCCAUGGCCCCGACCUCUUCGCCGACCUGCAGCACGCCGUGAGCUCGCUGGAGCGCGCCGUCUUCUCCCGGCACCGCCGAGCCCCGGCACUGCCGGCGGAGUGGGCGCGGAGCCUGGAGGAGCUGGAGCAGGCGGCGGGGGCUCUGCCGGCCGCGUGCCGGGGGCCGGAGCAGGGCGAGGGGCUGCUGGAUGCGGCGGCGAGGAACGCGGCGCUGCGGGCGGCCCUGGGGCACCGCGACGAGGAGCUGAGCCGCGCCACGGCCUCGCUGCGGGUGCUGCAGGGGGACCGCGAUCGGCUGCAGGGGAAGGUCCGGGACCUGCAGGAGGCUCUGGCCAGGCUGGGGGAGCCGGACGGCUCCGGCAGCGGCACCGCGGGGCUCGGCAGCGCCCCGAGGAUGGGGGAACCCCAGGACCUGCCCUUGUGCCUCCCGAGCUGCGAUGGCACCCAGCCCCAUGGCACCCAGCCCCACGGCACCCACAGCACCCAGCCCCAGAGCCCGCUCUCCCCCCAGCCCUCAGAGGGUGCCGGGCAGGAGCUGGAGGAUCGGGUGCAGCAGCUGCAAAGGUGCGUGGAGAGGCUGAAGGAGGUGAACCAGCAGCUGGUGGCCGCCCUGCGGGAGUGCAAGAGCGACUCGGAGCGGCUCAGCAUGGUGCUGGGGCAGCACGAGUCCCGCAGCAGCGCGCUGCGCCUGGCCCUGCACUGCAGCGAGCGCUGCGCAGACACCUACGCUGCUCUGCUCGACCAGGCGUGGGCGAAGCUGGGCAGGGGAAGGGACGGCCCCGGAGGUGGAGCAGCAGGGCAGCACAGCCUGGAGCAGGGGGCUGGGUCCGGUCCUGAGCCCACGCAGGGGCCGCAGCUCCCGCACCGAGCGGACCCGGACGGCCAGGAGGAGAGCGGGGCCAGCGCCUGCCCCGGGCUGCAGAGCGCCCCGGUGUCCCAGGGGACGGAGGAGGGGGCCCUGCGGGAGUCCAUCCGCCGGCUGCGCGCCGAGCAGGCGGCCGUGCAGGGGUCCCUGCGCGACGCCCCCGCGCCCGCCCGCGCCCUCACCCGCCGCGGCGAGGACGCCCGUGCCCGUGCCGAGCGGGCUCUGCGCGAUGCUCGGGCUCUGCUGCCCGGCUGGCGGCGGCUGGAGAAAGAGGAGCUGCUGCGGGACCUGGCGGCGCUCAAGGAGGCCAUGGCCGAGCUGAAGACGCGGCUGCAGCUGGUGGAGAAGGAGAAGCGGGGCCUCGGGGUGCUGGCGGCGGCGCAGGGGCCGCGGGAGGCUGCGCUGCGCCUGGUGCUGCAGCACCUGGAGAGGGAGCGAGGCGGGGGCUCCCCCAGCCCCCCCAGCAGCUCCAGCAGCAGCGAGGAGGAUGCCCAGGUCACCCGAAGGGGAGCGGCGGCGCCCAGGCACCCCACGGACCCGGAGAGGAUGGGGCAAGAGCUGCUCCGCGCCCAGGCCCGCAUCGAGGAGCUGCACGCCCGGGCACGGGCCUUGGUGCUCUCCCUGGAGCAGAGCAGCGCCGCCAGCCGCGCGCAGCAGGAGCAGUACGUCACCGUCAGCGGAGACUUCUUCCACGCCCACAGCACUGUCCCCGUGCCCCGCGGUGACGCUGUGCCCGCAGGGAGCUGGCCCUGGCGUACCGGGGUGCCCGGCAGAAGCAGGGGGCCCAGCUGCGGCGCCUGGAGGCGCAGGCGGGUGCCCUGCGGCAGCAGCACGCCCAGCGGGUGCAGGCGCUGGCCCGACGGCUGCAGGCCCUGGAGCAGGGCCCGGCUGGCAGCGAGACCUGCAUUUAGGGCCCCCCCCCCGGCCCCCCUGUGCGAUGGGGACGGGAUGGACCCACGGGGACAAUAA